ACUGACUACGAAAAAAGCACUGAGCAUGGCAAACUAGCCGCCGAAUAUAAAGAAAGCUACACCACUAAAAUUGAUCUAAGCACCGAAUAUAAUAGCAAACACACUGAGUAUAAAGGGGGUAGCAGUGAGUGUAAUGGCUUGCACACCGGGUAUAGAGUGGAAAGUACCGAGUACCUUGGAUAAAGAACCCAGGUCACUGGCACCAAUUAUAGCAACCAGAGCACCGAAUAUAAUGAUACAAGUACCGAGGAUGAUGAGAAAAGUACCACGGAUAAGAAAAUAAAAAUAUCAUAA